AUGGCGAAACCUGGGAAUACCAUCAUUGAGGCUGAAAUAUCAGGUCUGCGUGCUCAUGGAAUCUUCAACAAGGGAAAGGCAGAUGUCCGAGAUCACAAACCCUUGCUUGUCCUCAUUCACGGCGGCGGAACCAAUGCCACGUACUUCGACAAUGAAAUAUACUCAAUACCGAAGAUCUUCAAUGAAGCUGGGUUUGGUGUCUUAAAUAUCAACAGACCGGGGUAUGGUGGAAAUCCGAUGCCAGAAUCCAAACAGCCGCUCAUUGAUUCCAUUCCUCUCUAUUCCGCGCUCAUUGGGAAAACAUAUGAUGAUCACACUAGCGGUCAAAAUGGAAUAAUCCUCGUCGGCCACUCUCUUGGAGCAGCAAUCUCGCUGUCACUUGCAGCAUUCGAAGGCCAGAAACUCCCGAUUAUCGGAGUCAGUGCACUUGGAAUCAUCCCUACCAAAGAUCACCCCGCUGUGGUUAUAAAGGCUAUAGAAGCAGACCCGGGAAAUCCUCGACUUGUGUUUGAGCCCUCGCCUGACUCUAUAGAGACGUUUAUGGGCCCUCUAGACUAUCUUGACAUGUCGAUUCUUACACACCCCGCGAUGUUGACAAUAUUCGAGCCUGGUGUGAAGUCGGAGAUGGCUGAGUGGUAUGAUCCAACCUGGUACAAUCGGUUUGUGAACGAGAUUGCACCACGGAUUCGGGUCCCUCUACAGUUUCUAGCUGCAGAGUAUGAAUUGGGAUGGAAAGGUAUCAAAGAAGGUCAGCCUACUUUUGACUGGGUCGCCGGUUUGUUCACCAAUGCUCCCCAGAUGGACGCGAGAAUCCUGCCCGGUGGAGGUCAUAAUUUCGAGCUCAGCAAGAAUGCACCCGCUUUGCAAGAGGCCCGAGAAAGCUUCAUCAAUUCAUUGAAAGUUCCCUCCUCACAAAAGGAGAAUCUUCUUGCAUUCAACGACAUUCCCCUGCUAGACUUUGCGUCGACAAGCGACCCUGCCACAAAACCAGAGUUCUUGAAAGCUCUCAGAACAGCGAUUGUUGACGUGGGGUUCUUGUACAUCAAAAACACAUCAAUCUCGCCCCUAACUCAGCAAAAUCUAAUCACCAAGGGGAUCGAGGCUUUGGAACUGCCCCUGGAGGAGAAACUGAAAAUCGAGAUGGCGAAUAGCAAGCAUUUCUUGGGCUAUGCCAGACUGGGCGCUGAGAUUACAGCAAUGAAAUCUGAUUAUCGAGAGCAAUAUGAUUUUGCAACAGAAGUUUCAGCACCGGGACCUGAAGAGCCACCGCACAGGAAUUUGAGAGGUCCAAAUCAGUGGCCCGAUGAAUCCGUAAUCAAAGGGUUCAGGACCGCAGUAGAAAGCUACCUAGAAGAAAUCGCUACCUUCGCCAUCUUUUUCAGCCGCCUUAUCGCCGAAGCACUCGACAUGCCCGCCAACUCCUUUGAACGGUUCUUCGAAAACCCCCAGCACAAUAAACUCAAGCUUGUCAAGUAUCCUGUACCACCUCUCGACACUCCUAUUCCAGAAACCGGUAUUCAGGGUGUGGGUGCUCACAAAGAUGGAUCUUUCCUCACUUUUCUCCUCCAAGCAACAUCCCACGCGGGGCUGGAAAUACAGAACAAACACGGCGACUGGAUACAAGCAGCUCCCAUUCCCGGUAGCCUAGUCGUAAACAUAGGACGCUCGCUGCAGGCUCUCACGGGUGGAGUUUGCACUGCGACAACCCACCGCGUCAACCUAUCGGCCAAGAACUUCCUUGCUGCCGACGGCACAUCCCUCGGACCACGAUAUUCCUUUCCGGUAUUCCAGGGCAUUCGCACUGAUUUGGACGGCGCAGAUGCUUCUUUGAAGAUCCCGCAGCAUAUCAAGGACUUGGUGAAGGACGAGAAGGUGCGCAGUGAGGCUGAGGCGACGUUCGAUAAGAUGUUUGGGGAUUCGGAGAGUGUGAGGGAGGCUGUGUUUAUCUCGAGGAUUACGAGCCAUCAGGACGUUGGCGCUCGUUGGUAUCCGGAGCUGCUGGCUAAGGCGUUGGAGGCGCAACGGGAGUUCAAGGAGAAACCAGUAUAG